AUGCCCCACCUCAUGGUGUGUAACCGACCGCUCAGCUGGACUUUGACUCUGGUGCUGGGGUAUCUCUUUUAUCUCCUCCUGGGGGCCUUGGUGUUUCAGCUGCUGGAAAAACAGGCAGAAGCCAAGUCUCGGGACCAGUUCCAACUGGAGAAACUCAAAUUCCUGCAAAACUACACUUGCUUGGAUCGACAAGCCCUGGAGCAGUUUGUACAGGUCAUUAUGGAAGCAUGGGAGAAAGGUGUCAACCCAGAAGGAAAUUCAACCAAUCCCAGCAACUGGGACUUCAGCAACAGCUUCUUCUUUGCUGGGACUGUCGUCACCACCAUAGGAUACGGGAACUUGGCCCCCAGCACCAUGCCUGGACAGGUGUUUUGUGUAUUCUAUGCAUUAUUUGGGGUACCCCUUAACCUGGCAUUUCUCAAUCAGCUGGGGAAAGGACUUAGUACUCACUUGAUCAACCUGGAGAAAUGGGUCCACAAGCCAGGCCGAGCCCGGGUGGCACAGACUCUAGCAAUGGGACUCUUUCUAAUAGCCGGGAGUUUGCUUUUUCUGGUUUUCCCACCAAUGAUCUUCAGUUAUGUGGAAGGCUGGAGUUAUGGAGAAGGGUUCUACUUCACCUUUAUCACCCUCAGCACCAUCGGAUUUGGAGACUAUGUAGUAGGCACAGAUCCCAACAAGCACUACAUCUCCGCGUACAGAGGCCUGGCAGCAAUUUGGAUUGUUUUUGGCUUAGUUUGGCUUGCUCUGAUCUUCAACCUGGGCGCUGACCUGAUGGAGAAAUUCCUGCAACUUAAUUGGCAAAAGCCUGAUCCAGGCACUGAAGAGACCACGGUUGCCAAAUUAGAAGAAACCUGUGAUCAUCCCAGGAUACAUAUACCAAGCUGA